CACCGAUCUCGACGCCGGAUGUUGUCGAACGUUAUCGACGCCUUGUCCCGAGACCCGCCUUCAUCGUCUGUGCUGCAGGCCCCUCUUCACCUUUUCCUAGGCCUUAUUAUCGACGGAUCAGCCAGUAUCACUGUCGUCUGCGGGAACGUUCGUAUCACACACUUCUAGUUUGUCGUCUGUGGACUGAGGCUCGACAGAAUGUUUACGAUUUGUCUAGCGGGCUUGAAGACAGCAAACAAAAGCGGCUAAAGGACAGAAAUUCUUGGGCCCAGCUGCCUCCUACACAAUACUAUGGAAGUACCGAACUCACCUCGCGAAGUGUCACCCGCAGUCGCGCUUCUGGCGGUUCCUGCUCAUCCAGUCAACCGGAAGCGCAAGCAUGCCGCCAUCUCUGGAGGGGCCACGGCGUCCCCAGCGCCCUCAGAACGCGCAGACACGCCAAACCACAAUCCAGAGAACGUUGUCCUGCAUAAGCUCGACCUGUCCAGCCGACCUCGCCUGACCAUCUCUCGACAUCCUGGCUUCAUCCCCAUCGUGCCUGGCUCGCCAUACUGCACUACCGAACCCCUAUGCAUCAACCGACUUAACUUCCGAUACACGCCUGCAGGCGUCACAGGCAAGGAAGGCGGGGUGCCCUUUCGAACUAUCGAGUCGGCUCCGACGGCGUUCCGAGUUUCCUGGGAAGACCGGAGUCCGUUCAUCAAGGUCACGCAGGACGGCCUGGGUCUCCGCGGCGACAAGGGCUUCAGGAGCGCGCGCUGCAACGCGCCCGUGCGCGAGGGGAAGUGGUAUAUGGAGGUGACGAUCGGCCUCGGCGGGGGCGACCGGCCGCUGGAGAGCAAGCGGACAGAGGGGAGCCAUGUGCGAUUCGGGUGGGCGCGGCGCGAGGCACCGCUGAACGGCCCCGCGGGGCUCGACAGCUAUAGCUACGCGAUGCGCGACAAGUCGGGCGAGAAGGUACACCUGUCGCGCCUGCGGCCGUACGGGCAGCCGCUCAGGUCGGGCGACGUCAUUGGCAUGUACAUCUCGCUGCCGUCUCCGAAGCGCCAGCUGAAGAAGAACGACCCGUACGACCCGGCGCACGUCAAGCGCGAGCGCAUCGCAAUCGAAUUUAAGGGCCAGGAGUACUUCGAGUCGCUCGAAUAUUCGCAGUCCAAGGAGAUGAUCGCGCUCAUGACCGAGAACGACCGCAAAAAGGCCCCAGGGUCGACGCCGGCACCUGCAUCUUCGAAGAAGUCAGCGACUGUGAAGAAUCUGCCGUCGACGUCACGCGGCGGCAAGAGCGGCUUUCCAGAGCCUGCACCUAUGCGCCCGCUGCCUACGCUCGGCCCCGAAUCAUGUGUCGCCUUCUUCGUGAAUGGCAAGAGCCAGGGCAUCGCGUUCCAGGACCUCUACGACUACGUCCCGCUACGAACGCCGCCAAACAAGCACCAAGAGAAGCGGCGGACGAACCGGGAGGGGAUCCGCGAGCACAAGGAGAACUUUUUCGACGACGGCAGCCUCGGCUACUACCCGAUGAUCUCGCUCUUCAACGAGGCCGAGGUCCGACUCAAUCCUGGCCCCGACUUUAUAUACCCGCCGCCGCCGGACAUCGACGCGCUCCUGAUGGCGGACAAUCCCGACGAAGCGGAUAUCAAGCCGAACUCCGAGGAGCCGCGGCGCUGGAGACCGCUGUGCGAGCGGUACCCUGAGUACAUACAGGAGCAGUUCGCACUGGACAAGCAGGAGGACGAAGAGUUUUCGAAGCAGGUCAAGGACGCCGAAGCGAAAGAGCUCACCGAUCAGCAGCGGCGCGAGAUCCACCGUGCAAAGCGGCGUGCGCAGGCCGCCGCGCGCAAGGAACGGAAGCGCAAGGAGCAGGAGCAGACCGCGGUGGCUUUCACGUCCGCUCGGAGUUCGAUGGCGCCGCAGCUGAAACAGUCCUUCGAGACGAGCCGCGCGGCGUCGCUCGAGGCCGAGGCCGACAUGCUUGCUCCGCUGAGCGCAUCGGGCCUCCCGACGCUCGAGAGCUUCCCGCUCGGCGUGGAGACGCCGGACCCCGACGACGGGCACGGCAUGCGUCCGUACUCGAUCAUACAUGCCGUCGGCUCUGUGAACGACGUGCAGGCGUACUUCACCGAAGUUGCGCAGGACGCGAGCGAGUACAACACGGAGUAUGAGGAUAUCGGGGACGACGGGAGCAGCCGAGCGGGAGAUAUGGCUAUUGACGAGGAAUUAGCCCGGCUGUCGUAGCGUGCCCUCGAUCCAAGUGCUCUAAUAACCGGCCAUGUGUCGCUUCGUAUACUUGCCGUAUAUGAGAGUAAUGAUUGUGAGCCGCAAAGCGCGGAUUUAUAAGCAAGCGGUAUGCGUUUAUAUAUACAGACAUGGACGAAUGAUACGGGUAAGAUAGUCAUGUGGACGCUAAACAUGAAAGUAGAUUAAGUACAGCUAAGCAAGGUAAAUGCCAUCCCAAUGGGUAGAUCCAACGAAAUCAUGGGGUAUCGAGAGGUAUAGCAGGCGUUCAUCUGGCGUAUAGCGUGUAGGGGGCAGCAGCAAGGUCGUGCGGGGGCAUGGCAGGGUCGUAGCGUCUGCGCGACACGCUCAGGACAGUACAAUAUGCUCGACAGUAUGUGGAACGUUGCCGAUCAUGGGCCGCGACGCCUGCAAGGUCAUGUAGUACCCGCGGGGCGGAAGCGUAUCAGGGAUGUUGUCCGCGAACUGCUGGCCACACAUAUUCACGAGCGUGUCGUGGAGCAUCUUGGCGUACCGGUACGCGAGCGGCACACGUUCGCCUGCCUUCGACAGCAUUGUCCUACGCGUUGACAUCAGCUGCAGCACGAGGGAGCAGCAGAUUGGAAGGGAGCGUACCGUACGAACGAGAUUUCGCGCUGUAGUGGUAUGAGCUGGUCGCCCCUAAUACCGUCGAUACUUGCUCGAAGGAAGCGCACGAGUACCCGCCCGGCCAUGAACCAACACAUCUGUUCACAUUCAGUCA